AUGCAUGCAUUCAACCCCGUCGAGGGCGUAUGCGCGCACGGGUAUAGGUGUGGAGCAGGUUGCUCAACGUGCGACACACUAGCAAUAAGUGUACCAAGCUUACAGAUGAAAACAAAGUUCAAAUCCUCAUCCGGUAGCUAUAAAAGACUCAGUUUAGUGCUCGCGCUAAUUUUCGGUGGCACCAUGUGGUGGCAGAUAGCAUCGGCGUGCAGAGAAUCAUCAGAAUUUGGAAGAUAUACUGAAUGGAUAGUACGACAGUCUCCGCAUAGGAAGAUCGAGACUUGGCAUACCAUGUGGACCGCAAGGCAAGCAGUGCCGAUUACAUAUAAAAACCCUCAAUCGAAUGAGUUCAAAGAAUGCCCAUGGGUUGGGCAAGCAUCAUUGCCCUUCAGCAACGAGGACGAUGCGGCGCUUGCUACUAGCUUCCUGAAAGUACUGACUGAGACUGGUCUGGUAUUUUUCACCAAAGCAGGCAGUUCGCUGGGCAUCAGACGGCACGGCGGCUUUCUACCGGGAGAUAGUGAUGUGGAUAUUGGAAUACCCGUCUGGAGGAAUGUACAUAAUCUAAUUGGGACUGAGUAUGAAAAGUAUCUGUGUGAUGAUAUAACCAGCUCUGCAGAAGUGACUCUACCUGGGCACGAGCGGGGGAAGUAAGUAGCCAGCCGUAG